UUUUAACAGGAUCACAUUAUCAAAAAUUUAUUGAAAAUGUUGCUGUAACGUUUGUUAUUCUAGGUCAAUAUGAUGAUGCUAUUAGAGGUUUGAAGAAAGCUGAGGAUGACACAUCACUUGAAACAGAGGCAGAUAAUAUUCCACGAAAGAUAAAGCCACCAAGACGAUUCUUGGAUUCUGAUGGAGAUGAUGAAGAUGAAGAGAACUAAGAGCCGCCAAAGAAAAAAAGUUUCCAAAAACGUCAGGUUAGGAAACUUAGCGAAAGUGAUGACGACAAUGGGAACACAAUUUUGCCCCAAGUGGACUCAGAUAUUUUGAACGCAAUUAAAAAAAAUAUCCAUGUGCCUCAAGUACAUGAUAAAGAGAGGAAAAAAGUGUCUCGAAAGCAGUCUCUCGAAAAUCACGCCAGGCUUACAGUUCUUCAGGAGUUUCAAAAUAAUUCCAGUCAAGACUAUGAGCAAAAACAAAAACAACUAAAAACGGUUUGCAAUAGCCAAUCUGAAAAUAAUGUCAGCAAGAAGCAUAAAAAACUAUCAAAAAUGGAUUAUAUCAAGUAGAAGAAGUUUACGCCAAGCAAGAACCAUGCAAGAACAUUUCAAAAUAAUAAAACUCGUUCAGUUCUCUCUCCUAAGGAGAGCACAAUAAUAAGCAGUAAUAAAACUUCUGAGGUUUUGAAAACUCCUUUUAACUCGAUAAUAUCUGCACCUGAUCUUAUAUUGGAUGAUGAUGCUUCUCAAGAUACUGAUCAGUUUUCAUUUUCAUCUUCAAUAUAGACAAACAAUUCUGAUAAACCGUCAUGUUCGUCUGAAAAUCCAUUGUUGGUACAGACCAUUACUUCUGCAAGCUUUGAAAGACGUUUUCAUCCAUUAAUGAAUUCUGAAGCUAAGCAAGAUGAAACUUAUUCUACUUCUGAUAAAGCAGAUAAGGAAGAGUCGAGAUUACAAAUGAAGUCUUCUAACUCAUUUAACUCCAAAGAUAAUUGCGGAUGCAAACACUGUCACAAUGAAAUGAAGCUAAAUAAUACAAUACUUCUGGAAAUAAAUAAAAAGUUGGAUUCAAUGCUAAUUAACCAGACAAUCAUCAUUCGAUCUGACAACCCAGAUUAUGCUAAGUCUAUGUUACCUUCUAAUAUUCCAUCUAUUCCAUUGAAGACACAGGAAGACUUUCGAAAAAUAGAAAUAUUUUUGACAACUCGAGUCAAUUAUGAAGCUGUGGCACCUCAUGAUUUGGCAAACGAAUGCACGAGGACUCUCUGGAGACUGGCAAUAAAAUUAGAUAUCGCCGCGAUUGGUGUAAGAUUCCGACAGGUACAGGACCACUUAAAGAGAACCGAAGACCGAUGCGGAAAUAUAUUAGCGGAAAACGUAAAACAAAUGUGCCAAAAUAUCCUACGAAUUAUGGAGAAAGAUAAUAAAAUGUUGACAGUAUUAGUAAACCACCUGUACGGAUUAUAUAAGCCAAUAAAUAAUAAGCGCGGAUUAAUCGACGCCAUAGGCGUGGUAGGAAAAACGUUGUUCGGAGUAAUGGACGCGGACGACGCAAAGUUAAUAGAUGAACAAAUCAGCAAUCAAGCGGAACAGGGAAUUGUAAUACGCGGGACCGGGAAAAUAACGUUGGAAGGAAAUUGUAAGUUAACGACGCAACAACAAAUCUACGCCGUGAGUAUACAGGCGCACUUACCCGAAUUUAACUUGACUCUCGAGCAGCCCGACGAACAUUUUACACACCGGGAAUGGCCACGAUUAAAAACAAUUGUAAAAAACCCAACCGAACUCGAAAAAUUAAGCGCAGAGCUAGAUGAAAUAAAUAGACAAUUAGAGAACCAGGAUACGAUAGUCAUGAAUAGGUACGCAAUGCACGCCGCGAGCGGCGGCGUAACCACUGUAGUAAUUAUAAGCGUAAUAUGCGUAAUCAUCUACAUACAUAAGAAAUGCAAGAAAAAAGCAACAAGGGGUACCCGCGAGGACCCAUACUCGAACAAUGACGCGAUGAUGUACUAA